CAAUUAUCGUUGUCAAUUCGAAUUUAAAAAAUCUAAAGAUAAAAAUGUUUAUAAAUGAGAUAAAUUUCACCAAAGUAAAUAUUUAUAGAUACUAUUUGUACACUACUGCAAAACCUGAUUUUUCGUCUAAGGGUAAAAAAUGAUUUGGUUGGUAGUAGCAGCUAUUUUAGCUGGAUUGCUUUGGCGUAUUUUUAUUAAACCACUUAAAUAUUGGUCAGAAAUAGGAGUGAAACAAACGAGACCAUGGAUAUUUUUCGGAGAUUCUUGGACAACAGUAUUUAGAAGAAUGAGUUUUGCCGAUUUUGUUCAUACAAUCUAUAACUUACACCCAAACGAAAGAUAUACUGGAUUUUAUCAAUUUCUCACACCAAUAUUGAUGGUUCGAGAUCCAGAAUUAAUUAAACAAAUUACUGUGAAGGAUUUUGAGUAUUUUACCGAUCAUAGAACAAUGGUAGAUCCGGAAGCUGAUAGACUAUGGAGUGGCAACUUACUUUCUUUGAAAGGACAAAAAUGGCGUGAAAUGAGAGCAACCCUGAGCGGUUCGUUUACUAGCUCUAAAAUGAAGAGUAUGUUUGUUUUAAUGAAUGAAGCUGCUGAUAAGUUUGUCCAGUUCUUUUUGGACAAAAAAGAAGAUCUAAUCGAAUUAGAAAUGAAAGAAUGUUAUGCGAGAUUUACUAAUGAUGUUAUAGCUACAACUGCUUUUGGAAUCAAAGUGGAUUCAUUGGCACAACCAGAAAAUAUUUUCUAUAAAAUGGGUUUAAAAAUAACCAAUUUCACUGGUAUAAAGAUGUCUCUUAAAUUUUUUGGAUACUUUGCAUUUCCAGGAUUGUACAAGAAAUUUAAAAUUGCUUUGUUGGACCAAAAUGCUUCAAAUUUCUUUAAAUCUAUUAUAAACGAAACUAUUACGACUAGAGAAGAGAAUAAUAUCAUCAGACCUGAUAUGCUAAAUACGAUGUUAGAAGUAAAAAGAGGAAUAAAACAAGAUGAUAUUAAAGAAAAUAACGAAAAGGAUGCUGGAUUUGCGACUGUACAAGAGUCGCCUGAUAUGAGUAAAUUUAAACAGUUAAAAACAUUAACCAACGAAGAUAUCACUGCUCAAGCAAUGAUAUUCUUUUUUGCUGGAUUCGAUGGUGCUUCUACUGUAAUGUGUUUUGCCAGUUAUGAGCUGGCAAUUAAUAAAGAUAUCCAGAAUAAACUUAGAGAGGAGAUAAGAAGUGUGGAUAGAAAAAAUGAUGGAAAAAUGACCUAUGAUGCAUUGUUAAGGAUGAAAUACUUAGAUAUGGUAGUAUCAGAGGUUUUGAGAAAAUGGCCUGUGGCAGUUGCUCUAGAUCGCGUAUGCACUAAGCCUUACGUUAUUAAACCCAAAAAUCCUGGGGAACCUACUAUACAUCUCGCUAAAGGUGCAGCUGUCUGGAUACCUGUUCACGGCAUACAUAUGGAUCCAGAAAAGUAUCCCGAUCCUGAAAAAUUUGAACCGGAACGAUUCAACGAUGAAAACAAAGACCGUAUUAAUCCUUACGUUUACUUACCUUUUGGGACUGGCCCAAGAAACUGUAUAGGAUCAAGGUUUGCGCUUUUAGAGCUCAAAGCUUUAGUUUAUAAGACGUUGCUAAAUUUCGAGAUUGUUCCGACCAAGAAAACCAGAAUUCCUUUAGUACUAACAAAAGAUAUUUCAGUUAGAGCAGAAGGGGGCUAUUGGUUGGGUUUGAAAAGAAUUAAUAAACAGUAGAGUUAGUGAUUUAUUUUAUAGUAAUCUGUUAGUCUCUCUCUCUCUCUUUACAGGAUAUGUUGUUAAAUUAAUGUCAAUAUAAUAAAUAUUACCUAUAUGUAAGUAAGAUUUUAUUUUAGACGUAAAUAUAUUGCUGCGGGAAUU